AUGAACCAGGAUAUUUACGGAUCGCCGAGUUGGAAUGUAUCUAACAACAAUCUAAGAAAUAAAGUUUUGAUUGUUGACAAUAACAUUGAUACGCGAAAUUAUAUAGAAAGAUUGUUAAGAAACGAUUUUGACGUUUGUUAUGCUUGUGAUGGCAGAAUGGUUGCCACUAUAGAUGCUGGUGAAACUGGUGAAACGCUUUGGUGA